GUAGGCAAAUAUGUAAAUUUGCCUCCAAUAGUAGAGGUUCGCGUUCUGCCCCAUUUCGAAAGUUUUGACACCAUCCAUUUCCUCGACAUGUUAGGCCCAACCUCUACCUCACACCCACCGCCAUUGAUAUACCCAGCGCCUCCAAUUCGCUCAACUCUCAGACCCCUCCGACUUUCCUCACAAAACAAUCUCAGCUUCAUCUCCUUGCUUCCCAGAAUCCAAUCCCGAAUCUCUAGAAAACUCCCAAGAUUCCCAAUAUUGUUUGCAGAGAACAACAAUGGGUUGUUGAACAAAGAUCCCAAGGAAAGUGAAGAAAAACAAGAGCAACAAAUUGGGUCCGGCGGCGGCGGCGAUAAUUUGGGGAAAGAUCAACGGCCCAUAUUCGAUAUCAAGUGGGGUGAUCUGCUAAACCCAGAUCCAGAUAACCUCUUGGCAUUAGCAUUGACGGGUCUGCUCGCGUGGGCAAGUGUUCAAGUGCUUUGGCAACUCUUCUUUAUCUCUUUGGCUAUUCUUCUGGCUGCUCUCAAGUACUCCUUCAUUGCUGCUCUUCUCCUUUUCAUUCUUAUUGCCCUUCUGUGAGUCGUUUUUGGUUGGGGAAUUAUAAUUCUCUCUACUUUCUACU